AUGAGGUGGUGUUCAUGCCGGUCAUGCACGCGCUUUCCUCGACGGGACGCGCCUCUCCCUGGCAACAAGGCUGACCUCGCCCCGUACAGAAAUGGCCUAGCCUUCUUCCCACCCACACCCACACCCGCACAGCCAAGCGAACCGCCCAAUCUCCCGGCUCCCGAGCGUCCCUCCGCAGCGAUAACAUUUGAUAAGGGAAAAAAGUUGAAAAUCCCCUCCUCCAUUCGCUACCAACAUUCUCAACAGGUCGACCAUCCGCCACAAGAAACGAUGCCGAAAAGUUUGGAAAAGACCCGCAAGAAGAUUGCAAAGAAGAAGGGCAACAUCACCGCACUGCACGAGAACUCCCGCGAUUCGCAACGGUUACGUCGGGCGCAAAAUCGAGAUGAUAAAUUGCUUCGAGUCGCAUCGGCCAGAAAGAAGAAUGACAAACCUCUAGGUGGGACCAAGGACUCUCUUUUGAAAGACCAUGCGGCUAAACACCAGUACCGCAAUUGAUAGUCAUUCGAGCAAAAUACUUCCAAGAAACAAUUCGAGCGAAUGAAGGAAAGCCGUUAGAACUCGACGCCAUACAUGUCGCCAUUUCCACGUGAGAUCCCUCAGCAAGUUUCUGCGACAACUUCUGAUAGCAAAUAGAUGGGUACACCAAAACGAUGAGGAGUUCAGCAAUUUGAAAAAGGAACGUCGCGCCGGUAGACCUGCGAGCACCAGAGAAGACCUCCUUCGCAUCAAGAUUGCUGCAGACGAGAAGGAAUACGAGAGUGGCUUUUGUAUGUGUUUUGGCAACAGCACCCGAUGUUGGUUGAUGCAUUGACUGACUAUUAAAGACAUGCCAGACUUGACGGAUUCCGAUAAUGCUGUAUUUCUCGAUAGAUGGGAGGGAGAUUGGUCGUACCUCUCCACGUUGAAAUGGGUUCGGAUUUCGAGAGGAGGCUUAAUACAACCUACCAAGUUCCCUCCAAAAGGAGAGUCGUAAGCGGCAGAUGUGGCGGAAAGAAAUGAAAGCAGGCGUUGGGGGCAUCAUAUGGGUAGGCGUAAAGGUUGAGAUAUGAGCUUAAGAUUUGCAGCAAUUUUUUCAUAUUGUUUACCUUGAUCUUCCAGUAGAAUCUUGCAGUAAUGAGCAUGAGCAAUAAGCAUGCUCACCUAGACACACUCUUUUGCAUAAAAUAAUGUACGACAACAUGAAAUGUUGUGCAAUAAAAAUCCGGGGCUAUCUGGUCCCACCACACCACAGCCUUGUCAAAAUGACGCUAGUGAACGCGCGAGCCUCACGAGAAAAAAGUCGCUGGAGCAUCAAGGUCUUUUCUCUUCUCAUCAGAACCAUCAACCAGCCCAAUUGCACCCACAAUCUGUUCCUCCCACAUCACGAUCAUCCACGCGAUCAUGUUUUCUCUCAGGUCAUUUGCCCGUUCUGCCCCUAGAGCAGUCUCCCGCUUGUCCGCAGCAGCAAUCAGACAUUCGACAUCCCGAAGCCCCGCAGUACAAGCAGCAUGGAGACCAACCAGCACACAGGCCCUUGCCGCAUUCUCAAGCUCUGCGUUACGCAGAUCAAAGGCUGCCGAGGGGGAUGAGGAAUUGAUCGUGAAGCUCGAGUCCGAGUUGCAGAUGGAGAAGGAGAUGAAGCUUCAAGAGGGUGUUCCAACCAGUGUGAAGGACUAUAUUGAGAAUGGUCCAUUCGAGGUUAUUGAUACCCCAGGUCAGGAGGAGGUUGUUCUUACAAGACAAUUCGGUGAUGAGAAGUGAGAAAUCUUUUUCGAGAGAACAAACAUGAAAGCAUUUUCUAACACAAUGAUCAGAAUUCAAAUUACUUUUUCCAUCGCCGACAUCAACUCCAUGGAGCCCGAGAACGAUUUUGAAGACCCAGCUAUGAAUGAUGAGCAGGACGGCCAGUCAAACGAGAACUCCGAGGAAUCUGCAGCUGAUGGUGAGGGUAACGAGGAGGGAGAGCGAUCAUACCCAGCACGAUUAAACAUCAUCAUCGAGAAGCCAGGAAAGGGUGCACUUAAUGUUGAGAGUAUCGUCCAGGACGGCAUGCACGUUAUCGAGAGUGUCUACUACUACGCUGAUUCCUCGUUCGCAUAUGCUAAGACUCCUGAGAAGAUCCACAGACGUCAAGAUCUCUACUCUGGGCCACCUUUCGGCAACCUUGACGAGGAUCUCCAAGUAUUAAUGGAGAGAUACUUGGAUGAGAGAGGAAUCAACACUGCCCUUGCUAUCUUUGUACCAGACUACAUUGACAUGAAGGAGCAAAAGGAGUAUAUGAGAUGGUUGGAGAGCGUGAAGAGCUUCGUUGAGGCAUAGUUACUUUCUCAGUAAUUGCGUUCCUGUCUUCAUCUGUUGUCUUUAUUAUUUUUUCCACUCUUUGGCGCCAUCGUGUAACAUAUUUUGUACGGACUAGGGUGUCGAUACGGCCAUAACAAAAUAACGAUAUGAAGAACCACCAAAUGUUUUUGGGCUUAACGUUGGUUCUCUGAAUGCACAAAAGUUUGUUGCACGCGAA